AGGCGCUUGUCCUUGUCCUUGACUUGACCAUCUGUGCAUGGCUUGCCUUCUAUAAGGCCCCUCCUCUUUUCCCUUCUGUGUUCAGAGCCAUGGAUCCGUCUCAGCACGAUUUUGUUCCUCCACCUGCAUAUUCAGCUCAGGAGGAGUUCGACACCAAGAUAUCAACCGCGCUUGCAGCAUCGUUAACGAUAACACAACCGUCUGUGCAGCAAGCGGGGGAGGAAGAAUGGGAGCAGUGGGAUGACGCCGUAUUCAAUGCUGCAGCGAACUCGACACAAGCGACAUCCAGUUCGGACCAUCGACGAGAGAGUCGCACAGAGACCAGUCCCACUGCAACCCACCGGGCGCUUCCUCCUCGACCUGGGGCAACAGGGCCAUCUGUGCCGCCCCUCAAGAUACACAAGAAAAAUCGGUCGUCAACAGAUUCGACGUCGAAACAGCGACCUAGCUGGUACGCUGAAGCUGGACUUGACGGCCAUCAGGCUGGUGGCCCUGUGAGACCAACGUCUGCAGCUGCUUCAGGGUCUUCCCAUGCUGUACCUGUUCGCCGUGACAGCGACAGCGAAGACUACAGCGUCCCGCCGCCACCCUUCACGGCUGUUGGCCCGUCGCUUGAGGGUCCACCGUUCGAAGACAUGGACCCGCUUGGUUUCCGACCGAAUCCGCCGCCUAGCCGCCCGCCCAGCCGAGCACCAUCCAUCCCUCCGUCCCAGUUCCGGCCCCCUUUGCCGCUACCAAACACACAGCCAGUGAUACGCGUCUCCCGAGCGGAACCGGCUGUGAGCUCGGACACGGGGGCGGCACGUCUGAGCUUCAACCCGGCAGUCGCAUACAACAAGCACAAGGCUGCCCAGGCCAUUCCAACCGAUUGCCAUCCCCCAAUCCAGUCUUUUGACGCUGCUGCUCUCUACAAUUCCUCAGUAGCCUCACAUCUCACCAUUGUUCCCUCACAGCGUCCACAGUAAAUCUGCUUCCAUUCAAGACAGACAUGUCACUGAGUCUCUCCCAGAUCCUAUAUUACACCGCCCCGUCCCCCAAGCGCUGUUUCCUACUCGAGUUCACACUCAGGGUCGGGAUACAAACGGGAGACUUGGCCCGCCCCUCCUACGGUAUCAUCCCGAUACAUAUCACCUACACCCCAAUAUCCUCGCCACGGGGGACUCCCUCCUGUUGACGCCCCCGUGCCAAGGUGGGCGACAUC